AUGCCUAAGAGACAUUGUGAGAAGAGAAGCAAGCUCAAUGAGGAUAGAGUUGCACGAGCAGCUGCUGGAGUGGGUUCAAGUAGUGGUGGCACCGAGGCAGCUGCAAAUGUGUCCGCUUCACAGUCUCUUGCAGCAGCUCCGAGUCAGCAUGAGUUGAGGCCUAGAAGGGCCAAGACAGGGGCACAGCAGAUGGACAUUGACGAGUCAUCCGGCAAUGACAUAGCGGAGGAUGCACCCUACUUGAGAGAUCCUCGUGAUGAUGAGGACACUAUGACAGAUGCAGAUGCAGGUGCAGAUGAUGCUGAUGAUGACGAUAAUGAUGAUGAUAGCGAUGAUGAGUCAGAGGAGAGUGCAGCAGGUAGCUCAGACUUGGAGGGUCCUAUAGUGACCCCAGCUAUUCAGGUUCCUGUCAGGUAG